UAAUGACAAAAAGGAAUCUGGACCGCUAAAUAAACCAAUGAACACUCACAAACCCUACAAAACCCUUUCUUUUUCACGCUUUUCAUCCUUCCUCUAGGAGCCCGCCGAGAAACCCUAACCCUAGCAUUUCUGGUCGUUCAGAUCUCUGAUCUUGCAGAAGAUGGGUGAAGUCAAGGCAGUGAUUCCAGAGUCAGUAUUGAAGAAGAGGAAGAGGGAAGAGGAAUGGGCUUUGGCAAAAAAGCAAGAACUUGAAGCUGCAAAGAAGAAGAACACCGAGAAUCGUAAGUUGAUUUAUAACAGAGCAAAGCAGUAUGCCAAGGAGUACGAGCAACAGGAAAAGGAGCUCAUUCAAUUAAAGCGUGAGGCAAAGUUGAAAGGGGGAUUUUAUGUCGACCCACAGGCCAAGCUUUUGUUUAUUAUUCGUAUUCGGGGUAUCAAUGCAAUUGACCCAAAAACAAGGAAGAUUUUGCAGCUUCUCCGGUUGAGACAGAUCUUCAACGGUGUGUUUCUCAAAGUAAACAAAGCCACCGUGAAUAUGCUUCACAGGGUCGAACCAUAUGUGACAUAUGGAUAUCCCAAUUUGAAGAGUGUAAGGGAAUUGAUAUACAAGAGAGGUUAUGGAAAGCUGAACAAGCACAGAAUUGCUUUGACUGACAACUCUGUCAUCGAACAGGCUCUUGGCAAGUAUGGCAUUAUCUGCACCGAAGAUCUUAUCCAUGAGAUCUUGACUGUAGGACCUCAUUUCAAGGAGGCAAAUAAUUUCCUAUGGCCAUUUAAGCUCAAGGCACCAUUAGGUGGUCUGAAGAAGAAGAGGAAUCACUAUGUGGAGGGAGGAGAUGCUGGAAACCGUGAAAACUUUAUCAAUGAGCUCAUUAGGAGAAUGAAUUAGGCGUUGGCAGUUUUUAAACUUUUCCAGAGGUUGAGCUUCUCGUUUGUCAUUAGAGAUUUAAAAAAAAAAAAAAGAACUUGAUUUUUCUGACCUGAAGUUGGACACAGUUUCAUCCUUGUGUUGUGCUCUUAAAUUUUCAAAGACUUUUUAUGUUAAAAAAUUUUGUUGCCUUUCAGAUAUGUAUUGGGUUUUCUUGCGUUC